GGCAGUGAGGUACAGUAACAUUGAAUAUGUUUUCUUUAAUGAUGUACUGUUAGUAAAGCACUGUUUAAAACUCACGAUCAGUUGUUUGUUUAAUAUCAGGACAUGCAACAAUGCCGGUUUACACCUGAAGAAACGAGAUCAAGGUGUAUGUAACGUAACUGUGUUAAAUCAAGAAUCUCAAUAGAUUAAAGCGGUGAAUGGUGUUGUAAAGUUUCAAUGGAUUUGGUGCGUUUGUGGGUUCUGUGUGAGAUGAUUCACGACUGAUCAGAGACGGUUUGAAGGUUUUGUUAGGGAUUUAAAUAAUGGCUUUUGUGUAAUCAAAUGUUUGUAAACCUCUAGAUGUUCUCCCGUCGGAUCCGCUGCAGUCUCAGUAUGACUCGUGGUUGUCUCUGGUGGAUCAUUUGAAUAUUAAAGCGUUUGUUAAUCUCACGCUGGCAGAUUCCGUCAGACAUGGAGUUCAACACCUGCUGUUCAUAUCAGGACUCGGCGGUAUGAGACCCAACACUCUGGUGCUGGGUUUCUAUGACGACGCCCCGCCUCAGGACCGACUCCUGGACUCUACCCUGUCCAUAGGCAAACCCACCGAAAACUCUGCUCAGGUGGACGACCCGGAAGAAACCAACGACCUGCCUUUUCAUUUCCCACCCGUGCGAGGGGGCGGGGCCAGAGGCGGGAAAUACCUCGGCACUCAAGAGUACGUCUGUAUAAUCGCGGACGCCGUGAAGAUGCUGAAGAACAUCGCGCUAGCUCGAUACUUCGGAGAGUUCGAUCGGACUCAAGCUCUCAGGGGUGCCGUGUUCGUGGACGUUUGGCCGGUGAAUCUGCUGCGACCGGACAGCGCCGCGUACGUCGACACCUGCUCGCUUUUCUUGCUGCAGCUCGCCUGUAUCCUGAACAUGACCAGGGCGUGGCAGAAAGCCAGACUCCGCCUCUUUCUCUGUGUGGAGGCGGGCCGGAGCCUCAAGGGGACGGAACACAAGCUCGGACUCCUCCUGAAAGAGCUCAGGAUGAAGGCGGAAAUCCGUACGGUCCCAUGGGACGCUCAAGUGGCCCUUCACUGGCAGCGGCAGACGGGCUCGGAGAGUCACCGAGAGGAGGAGCCAGAAAGUGACGUGGGCGGAGUCGAGGCCGACACCGAGUACGCCAACAGUUUUCAGAACAACACCUCGCGCGUGACCGACGAGUAUUUAAAGGCGGUUAAUAAGCUGAUCCUGGACCAGCCGCUCGGCCCGCCCGCCAUCCGCUUCCUGUAUUUGCCACGCCCUCCCGCAGACACCAGCCGUUACCAUGACUACCUGCAUCAGUUAGAAGUGCUCACGCGUGACCUGGGCCCGACCCUGUUGAUUCACGGGGUGACGCCGGUCAUCACCACCGACCUGUGAGCUUGACAUCACGCGCACAUGUCUGAUAAUCCACUCCUGACGUGACGCUUGAGGGAUUCGAUUUGAUUGGGAAGUAUAGAAAGAAAUGAUGACGGUACACGUUUUCUUGUUUGACUGCACUUAACACACGCGCUGCGGAUCACGAGAAGUUUUCCGCAUACUUUCACCUCUUUUCCGAUUUCUCCUCUUUUCUUUCUUUAUUUCUUCUUCAUUCAUCUCGGGUGGAAACUGAACCUCACGGUCGGAGCUCUCAACGUUCCACUUCUGUUUCUAAAUCUUCUGUUUACACGUGUGAGCGCGUCGGUACGAUUCCUUCGUUUUUCUUUAAAGCUGGAAUAUUUUAGGACACUCCAGAAGAAGAAGAACUGAUGUGUGUGUGUUUACUCCGAGCAAUAACUGUUGUUUUACUAAACUGUAAACUACCGCUGAGUUUUUAUGCUGUUUGUACAGCCGCAGCGCCUUUUUAUUGACCAAAGUGCUUUGUGUUUGUCCACAUGUGCCUUGCUUUACAUUGCCACACAAACGCACACACAACUUACAAACACUGCAAUAUACCUCCAGACGGACGGACGGAUGGAUGAAAAAACACUCUUUUGUGUGUCUGUGUUGUUUUUAAGAUCAAUUAUUUUUAAGCACUGUAAAAUAUAAAGUCUGUGUAAAAAAAUGAAAUGGGCAAUGGAUAUAAAUGAAUAAAUAUAUGUUUGCUCA